UGCAUAUAAACGAUAAUUAAUGAAUAACCUUACGAAUUUAAAACUUUUAAUUCAACUUACAUUUAAAAGAAAUUAUUGUAAAAUCAUCUCAAACAAUGUAAAUAUUUCUUCGCUUGUUUUUGAUAAAUUUAAAUUUGAUGUUGUGGUGGUCGGUGGGGGUCACGCCGGAUCCGAAGCUGCUGCUGCAUCUGCCAGGAUGGGUUCCUCCACUGCCCUGAUCACCCACAAAUGGAGCACCGUUGGUGCUAUGUCAUGCAAUCCAGCUUUUGGAGGAAUAGGAAAAGGUCAUCUGGUGAGAGAAGUUGAUGCUUUGGACGGCCUUUGUGCCAGGGCAUGUGAUCAGUCUGGGGUCCAUUAUAGAGUGUUAAAUAGAAAGAAAGGACCAGCUGUUUGGGGACCUCGAGCACAAAUAGACAGAAACUUAUACAGAAACUUCAUUCAAGAUGAGUUAUCAAAAACACCAAAUCUAGUUUGUUUAGAAGGUUCAGUCGAGGAUUUGAUACUCGAGGAGUAUGAGAAAGAUUUCAACGAUGGAGACAGUGUUAAGUGUUCUGGUGUCGUUUUAGCAAAUGGGCAGAAAAUAUUUUCAAAAACUGUCGUCAUUACAACUGGAACAUUCUUGAAAGGGGAAAUUUUGAUUGGUCAGGAAGUUUGGCCUGCAGGAAGAUUGAAUGAUGAUUCUUCAAUUGGAUUGGCUGAUACAUUCCAGAGGCUUGGUAUCAGACUAGGGAGGUUAAAAACAGGCACUCCUCCAAGGCUUGAGAAGCUGUCAAUCAAUUUCAACAAACUCCUCCCAUCACAACCUGACAACCCACCAAUGCCAUUCAGUACCAUGAAUGAAAGAGUGUGGAUUGAACCAGACAAGCAGUUAAAAUGCUACUAUACAAAAACCAACGAGGCAAUUAUUGAUCUAAUCAAUAAAAAUGUUCAUCUCAACAGAAUGAUUGACAGGGGUACCACAGGGCCCAGAUACUGUCCAUCCAUUGAAUCCAAAGUCCUCAAAUUUCCCCAUCUCAGCCAUCAGAUAUGGAUUGAGCCAGAAGGUUUGAACUCUGACCUCGUGUACCCUCAGGGCCUUUCGUGUACAAUGCCGAGAGAUGUGCAGCACCGGAUUGUGCAAUCAAUUCCUGGCCUGGAGGAUGCUGUCAUCGCUGUACAUGGCUAUGGAGUUGAGUAUGAUUACGUGGACGCGCGUCAGUUGAAGAAGACUCUCGAGAUGAAAUGUUUGCCUCAUCUUUUCCUCGCUGGUCAGGUCAAUGGAACCACCGGCUAUGAAGAAGCUGCAGCUCAAGGCUUGCUGGCAGGCAUCAAUGCAUCACUCACCAGCAAGUACUUACACGUGCAAGAAGAGCAUCGUACAUCCGCCAGUCAGCAACCACAGCGAGAUAAACAACAUAAGCGCCUACAACAGCAACAACAACAACAUCAUCAACAAGAGUUUGUUCUGGGCAGAUACGAAUCAUACAUUGGUGUCAUGAUUGACGACCUUACAACACUAGGGGUCUCGGAGCCAUAUAGAAUGCUAACAAGUAGGGCGGAGUUCAGGAUUAGACUGAGGCAAGACAAUGCUGACCUUAGGUUGAGUGGUCGAGGCUACGAAGUUGGCUGCGUGAGUGAAGGUAGAUACAAAAAGUUCGCAAAAACACGAGAUGCAUUGCAUGAAUGGAUAGAAAGGACGAAGGAAUUCAUCCAGCCUGCUUCCGUUUGGAGGAGGGAGAUGAACCUGAAUCAACUAAUGAACAAUCAUAUUCCUAAGAGUGCUUUCAGUUUGCUAUCUGGCUCCCUAGGGCUCGAUACCCUCUUGAGAUUCUACCCAGAAAAUUUUAAGGAUCUGCCCCAUGAUGAACAUCUACUUGCAAGGGUCAAAGUUGAAGCUCUCUACGAUAACGCUACGAAAGAUCAAUUGAUUGAGAUUGAAAGAUUGAAGAAAGAUGAAGGGAUGAAACUGCCCAUAGGCCUUGAUUAUCACAAGUUGAACAUAUCGCAAGAAGCGAAAGAGAAAUUAUCAUUUGUUAGACCUGAGACAAUAGCAGACGCAUCAAAGAUCCCGGGAGUAACUCCAGCUGCCGUUAUUACCCUAUUCAGAUAUGUCGUUAAAAAUUAAUUUAACUAAUUUAUUUAUUUAAUUAAUUAAUUAAUCUAUCAAUUAAUUAAGUUUAAAUUUUUUAAU